GGAGCAAGUCACACCCUGGAAGAAGCUCCAUGUCUACAGAGGUCUUUCUGCCUGACUGUUUCCCAUGGCUCUCUUCCUCUUGCUGCUCCUGCUGCCAAGCCCCUUACACUCUCAUCCCAUCUGUGAUGUCUCCAAAGUAACCAGCCAGCUGGAAGUGAACUGUGAUAACCGGAAGCUGACAGCAGUGCCUGCAGACCUGCCGGCAGAUACAGGCAUCCUCCACUUGGGCAAGAACCACCUGGUUACCUUCUCAACAGCAUCUCUGGUACAUUUACCUCGUCUCACUCAGCUGUACCUGGAUCAGAGUGAGCUGACCAGCCUGCAGGCCCACGAGACACUGCCAUUGCUGGAGACUUUGGAUAUAUCCCAAAAUAAGUUGAAAAGCCUGCCCUCCCUAGGACGGGCACUGCCUGCGCUCACUACCCUGGAUGCCUCCUCCAACCAGUUGACUUCACUGUCUCCUGCUACCCUAGAUGGCCUGAGCCAACUCCAUGAGCUCUACUUACAAAAUAAUAAGAUGAAGACUCUGCCCCCUGGGCUUCUGGCAUCCACAACCAAACUGAGGAAGCUCAAUCUGGCCAAAAACAAUUUGGGUGAGCUGCCCCCUGGGCUCCUGGAUGGGCUGGGGGAGCUUGACACCCUCUACCUUCAAGGGAACUGGCUACGUACAAUACCAAAGGGCUUCUUUGGGGACCUUCUCCUGCCUUUUGCUUUUCUCCAUAGCAACUCCUGGUAUUGUGACUGUGAGAUCCUCUAUUUCCGUCGCUGGCUCCAGGACAAUACCAACAAUGUCUACUUAUGGAAGGAGGGUGUAGAUGUCAAGGCCAUGACGCCAAACGUGGCCAGUGUGCGAUGUGUCAAUUUGGGCAACAUACCCGUCUACACCUACCCAGGGAAGGGCUGUCCCACCCAUGGUGAUGCAGAUGACAUGGACUAUGAUGACUAUGACGACGACUCUAAGGGUGACACGGUACAUGCCACAACUGUGGUCAAGUUCUCUACUAACACUAAAGCCCAUACAACUGAGUGGGGCCCACUCUACUCAGCACUUACUAUUUUGCCUUCAACUCAAGAACCCACUAAGAAACAAUCCACAUCCCCACACAGAGUAAUCCCAAAUUCCUCCACGUUCCCAGAGAUCAUGGAACCCACCACACUCCUUUACAGUCCAAAAUUCACUAUUGAACACACCACCCUCCCAACCACCCCGGAGCCCACCACCACCCCGACCACCCCGGAGCCCACCACCCUCCUGACCACCCCGGAGCCCACCACCACCCCAACCACCCCGGAGCCCACCACCCUCCCGACCACCCCGGAGCCCACCACCACCCCGGAGCCCACCACCACCCCGGAGCCCACCACCACCCCGGAGCCCACCACCACCCCGGAGCCCACCACCACCCCGAGCACCCCAGUGCCCACUACAACCUCAGAACUCACUACCACUCCAGGGCCCACUACCACUCCAGAGCCCACCACCACCCCAGAGCCCACCACCACCCCAGAGCCCACCUUCAGCAUGACCAUUUCAAAACUAUUCUUAACUACAAAUCACACUUUACUCCCUACUACCGUAGGAUCCAUCACAACAACCAUCCCUGAGUUUGACAGCUUCCUAAAGACCUUAGAAAUAGUUCAAGGAAAUUUUGAUAGCUCCAGAAGUGACCCUUUCCUCAACCCUGACUUUUGCUGCCACCUUUCACUGGGCUUCUAUGUCUUGGGUCUGCUCUGGCUCAUAUUUGCCUCUGUGGUUCUCAUUCAGCUGCUGACCUGGGUCUGGCAUGUGAAACCACACACUCUAUACUCCAGCUGGUCUAUGGGCCUGGCCACAGUCACACAAACCACACAUCUAGACAUGCAGUGGGGAAGGCAAGUAACCGUGCCCAGAGCCUGGUUGCUCUUCCUUCAAGGGACACUCCCCACUUUUCGUUCCAGCCUUUUCCUGUGGGUACGGCCUAAUGGCCAUGUGGGACCCCUGGUAGCAGGACGGCGGCCUUCGGCAUUGAGUCAGGGUCGUGGUCAGGACCUGCUGGGCACAGUGGGCAUCAGGUACUCUAGCCAUAGCCUCUAAAGGUUUUGUUUUGGGGAUCUUGAGAAAUGUUUACAGGUUCUAGCUGGGGAUGGAUGGGUGUCAGAGGAAGGUCUAAAUCACUUUUCCUUUAUCUAAAACCCCACUUUUACAUCCAGGCUC